AUGUCCAAUUUGCCGGAACUUAUUGGUCUAUUUGCGAGACUCGCGUCGCAAAUUGAAAUAGAAAAUAGUGAAACCAGCAAUUCCGAUCAACCGGAUGAUGUUCUAGUGGCAGCUCUGAAUCAAUCACUCAACUUGAGAGAAUCAUCUAGGGUUAGGGUUUUGGACACUGCAUUGUCGUUGAUGUGCUUCACAGCGCCUCAGGUGCUUGACUCGGUAACUGAUUAUUCGGUGAAUACAAUUGUAUCGGUUUUAUCUUCAUCAGUAGAUUGUAAGGUCUUAAGGUUUGGUAAUGCAGAGGUUUUGCGAAUUGGUGGCUCAAUUUCAGCUCAUGACAGCGUGGGAGUGAUGGAAUCUUGUGCUGAUGUUCUGGGGAAAUUAAAAGAACAUGGUGGGUCUAUAAAGGUGAUUUUUGAUUGUCUAUAUAGUUCAAAAAUAAAGUUACACAUUCCUAUAUCUGUUGAAGGAAUGCUUUCUUGUUCAUUACUAUAUGCUGCUGUCAGAGUAGCUGCGAUGGCGACACAAUUCCGAUACACAAUGCAAGUUACGCCAGCUCUCUUUGUUCAAUCAACUGAUCGAAGGAGAUGUGCAAUAUCAAAAUUGGUGCAUUAUAUUCCAAAAAGAAUCUCCCUUGAGAACCAGGAAUUACAACUGAGGUUGCUAUUAUGGUACCUUGAUCCUCAAAUUCUUGUGGAAGAUGUAUCACAAGUGUUGCAGGAUGCUGUUCAGAGACCCUUUAUUUGCCUGAGUGAAGAACUCUAUGAGAAGAUGGAAUGGCGAUCUAUAAUUAUUUGUUUGGCACUUUCUCCACUGAUGUUUAUUGAAACCAGGGCUUUACUGCAUAGCUGGUUUCUUCUGACGGGACUAGCUUCUGUAUUAGAGCUUCAAGUUGAACUGGUUUCAAUGGUACUAGAUCUUCUUUCAAGACCAAUGUGGUGGGGUUUAUCUGCAGGAGUAGGAUCAAAGCUGCCAUUUUCACAUGCAUACUUUCUCUUCAAGCACCGAUUAUUCAGAACUUUGGCUGGACCUUUAUCAUGUGGUGGUUUUCUUGAGUUGAUUCUUAAAAUAAAAAAGUCUAUUUCGAGAAGUUGCCAGGCAACACUUGAACAUGUUGCAACAACCACGCCAAUGGUGGAUCACAAAUCUACAUGGGCCAUGGCAAUGAACUUCCCAGAUUGGUUUUAUUUUGCGUCUUUAUUAUUGCUGUCUGAAAAUAAUUUCAGUGACAGUUAUAUGUCUAGAACAGAUGAGGAUAAUCAACUGCAGGCAUCAUCUUUUUCAGCUGCUGCAGCUUGGUACAUUGCAUGGAUUCUAGACCCCGUUGGUGAAUCACUUCACAGUCUAUUGGCUGAGAAGUUGGAAAAAUUAUCAAGGAUCUUAAUUGGCAAGCAUUUGAGUUCAUAUGAACAUGAAAAAACAAGAGGUGCCUGUGAGAUAAAACUCAAGAAAGCCAAGCCUAAUGACAAGACGAAGGAUGCUUCUCAGCAGUAUACGUGCCAAACAAUUGAGCUUUGGCUUGAGGAGUUUCAAGAUGUAUACAUAUGCUACUAUGGUAAAUCAACUGGAAGUCCUAAACCAUAUGAAGCACAAAAGAUUGAUAUACCGAAUAAUGUGAUGUUUAGGAGGAUUACACUAGGCAUCUUGCUUGGGUGUUCUGGUUCCAUAAAUGAAGAUGGAUGUGAAUUGCUUCUUCAUUAUGCUGCAACUGGUACAAUACUACAGUCAACGGAAACUCAACAUGUACGACUAAAGCAUAGAAGAUGGAACUGUGACCGGCAAGAAAACCGCAUCACAUGUAUUGAUAAAUGCAGCAGAAAGGAGGCAGUUGCAGGUGCUUGUGUUGUUUUCCUUUUAACUGAUAUUGCAGAAAAUAUGUCAGAUUCGGUAUCCGGGACUCGAGAGAUUGCAGUAGGUUUUAUUUGCCAGAUCAAACUAAAGGUUGUUAAAUAUCUGCUUAAGUGUGUCAAGAGGCUGCUUCAGUUUGAAAUUGAUCAAAACAAUGGUGUCUGGGUUAAGGAUCUACACAGAAGAAUCUUACGGUGGAGACAUCAAGGAAAAGAUAUUUUUCAUGGUCACAAAGACCUCGAUGAUGCUAUUAAUGUGAUUGCUAGUAAGUUACCUUAUUCUUCUUCAUGAAGAAACAUUAUUUAUGAGUAGGCAAGCAGUU